AUGUCAGAUUCAAAUAGUUCAACCCCUAAUCCAACGGAUAAUACUGACCAUCAUGAUAAUCAGAAUCGUAAUUUCAUAUCGUCUACUCCAUUGGUACGGCCCAUUCAUUUGGAUGAUGGGAUAAGUCCGAAUACUUCCACUGAUAUAACCAAUGAUAUCGAUGCCUUGCAUCAUCUCCAUCCUCAUCAUAAUCAUAAUCAUAAUCAUAAUCAAGAUAAUAAUAAACAUGAUGAUGAGAUGAAUUCAUCAUCAGGUAAUAACACUACGAUGUUUCAUCAACCCAUGUUUCAACUUUCUCUUCAUAAUUUACGAGAAUUUGAACGUUCUGUAUCACCUAAAGAACAAGGUAGUAAUGGAAAGAAUUCACCUCAAUUACAACAACAAACAGGAGGACUGAGAAAGAGUUCUCCAUCAAGUUCACGAUCCCAAUCCCGUACUCCCUCAUCAUCCCAUAUCCGAUCCCGAUCAAGAACUCAUUCUCCUCAACUCCCUCAUCAUUUACAACAUCAUCAUCAACAUCUUGCUCGUAAAGAUCAGAUUGCGAAGAAUUUAGAUCUCGACUUGAAUGAUAAGUAUCCAACAUAUUUAAAUACCAUUGCAGAACAAAUCGAUUUAAGAUUAGCAUCUUCAAAUAAUCCUACUAUAGUGAUGGAAUUGGAUUUACAUGGUAAUGUCACUUAUUUAUCGAAGAAUUGGGAAUUCAUAAUCGGAACUAAUAUAAAGAAGAUUUUACAUAAUCCGAUAUCCAAGAUCUUAAUCGGGAAUAAUGAGGAUGAUUUAUUAGUGUUUAAUAAUGCCAUCGACAAGAUGAUUACUGAUGAUGUAAGUUACAAAGUGAAAUUCUUAACUCCAACCAAUACCACCCCGUUAUCUAAUCCAUUAUUGAAUUCAGAAAUGAUCAUGAAUGAAAAUGAAAAGAGUUUGAUUGAUGAUACAACGGAGGAUUCGAAUCAAAGUUUGAAUUUGAAUUUAAAACAUCAUCAUAGUCAUGAUCAUAGUAAGGAUAAACAUCAUCAUGAUGUCGUGUUGGAUGAAGAUGAACAUGAUAUUUUAACGCCUAAUAAUUCAUUGGAAGAUUUAUCAAAAGUGGAUUUGCCCAGUAUGGAUUAUAUACCAAAGAAUACUCAGACGGAGAAGAAUAAUCGUCGAAGAUCAUAUGUGAGAGAACAAGAACAAGCUGCUGCUGAUGAAGGACAGAAAGAUGACAACAACGAUGACAACAACGAUGACAACGAUGACGACUCUUCAAGUACGAUAUCGUCAAAAUUAUCAAAUAAUGGUGAGAUUAUAGAAUUGGAAGCUCAAGGUAUUUUAAUUCAUGAUUCAAAGACUAAUUUACCUACUCAUUCCAUGUGGACCAUUAAACCAUUUGUUCAUAUCGAUCUUGAUUUAACUAUCCCUACGUUAUUAAUCAAUCUCCUUGGAUUUGGAGCUGAAAUCUUCGAAGGAUAUUUAUUUAAUUUAAAAGAACUUGGAAUCAUUGAUGAAGAUUCAGUCCCUCAACCUAAGACUAUUCUUUGUCGGAUUUGUGAAAAUCAAAUCCCAGCAUGGUUUCUUGAAAAACAUAGUGAUCUAUGUCUUGUUGAACAUAAAGUUGAUGAAGAAUUACAAAACUGCCAUGAUUUAUUAAAUGAUCAACGGGAUUUAAUCAUCAAGAUUCAAGAUUCUUUACUGCAACAGUUACAUAAUAACUCAUCAGGCAAUUUAAAUUUAAAUUCUCCAUCUCCAACUAAUGCUGCUCCGCCUUUAUUAAUUUCAAAUUCAUCAAUUUCACUUGCAUCAUCCGUAUCUAUGGGGUCUAAUAAUGCUUCGAUAGCAUCAAUUGCAUCAUCGUCAUCUGAAGAUAGUCAACAACUUCCUGUCCUCGAUUAUAAAGGUAUUCCCUUGCCUAUGGUUUUAAAAGACUAUGACUUACCAUCAUCGGGAUCAGGAUCAUCAUCAGGGUCAUUUUCAUCCCCAAAAUUAGCUAAUCAAGUGUUACAAAAGAAUUUCCAAGCUAAGAAGAAUCCAAAUCCAAUCAUCCAAUCAAGGAAAUUCCCGUUCGGUAUCUUAACUCGAUUAAUUGAAUUAUGUGAUGAUGCUUUAUUGAUCAAUCCUCCCAUUCAUGAAUAUAAUCUUGAAUUUGCAUUUUCUCCAGGUACAGAAAAGGCUCUUUCAAAAAUUAUGGGAUCUAAUUUAUUUCUGAAUAAUUUCUUAGAAACUAAUGAUCCUGCUAUAAAGUUGAUUAUUGAAGAUACCUCAAAUUUAAUUAAUGAAAAAGUGGAUACUUUAUCAAGAUUAAUUUCUAUUUUACAAUAUAGUGAUAAGAUCAAAAAGGAAGUUGAUGAUGGUGUAUUGGAAACUGUACGGGAAACAGUGGCAAAGAUAAAAGAACAAAGUACUCCAAGUAAUUUAUUGUUGAAUGAUACUAAUCAAGACUUAAAUCGAAAACCACUGUCGGAUAGAAUCUUACAUUCCCCUCGACCUUCCAGAACUCGAAGUCCAAAGAUAUUCCAAAAUGAUGAUAAUUCAUUUGAUGGUUUGAAAUCAGUCACACCUAAAGAUAUCCUUUUACAACAACAACGUCAACCUACUCCACCUCGAUUACUUUCAAGUAUGUCAAUCACUAAUACUAAUUCAUCAAAUUCAAUUCAUGCUCCUGCUCCUAUCUCAGCUUCUUCUAUUGUCGCUUCUUCAUCCGCUGCUUCAGGUGGAAUCACAGGUGCUCCAAAUGCUAUACCUCAUCGAUUGAGUAGUACCUUACUGGGAUCUAUAAAUUCUUCAAAUUCUUCUUUAUCAAUUCAUCAUUCCACAUCUCGUGACUUGAUUGAAUCUAUGCAAAAUUUAGAUUUAUCAAAACGAUCUUCUGAAAGUGGAGGUAAUAAUACCACUCAUAAUUCAUCAUCAUUCUCAUCUCCAAGAAGACACUUAUCUCCUGCUCCUUAUGUUGAUAAACCAAAUCUUUCAUCAUUACAACGGAACCCAUCUCGGGUUGAAACUCCAACUCCAUCUCCUUCGAUCGAUGCUACCAAUGAUAAUGAUAAUCUUCCUACUCCACCUCCACCAAUUGCUUAUGCCCCUGCUCAAUCGGCAUCUAAUUCAACUCCAAAUCAUCAUCAUUAUCAAGAACGUCGGACUAAUUCAGGCGGUUCAUUAAGUAUACCGACUAGUACUAAGAAUUCAAUCACCAGUAUUAAUAAACCUCCGUUAUCACCAUUAUUAGUAUCAACUACACCUAGUACUAAAGUAAGUGGUGGUGGAAUCAAAGAUUAUGAAAUCAUUAAACCUAUUUCAAAAGGUGCGUUUGGGUCAGUUAUAUUGGCCAAACGGAAAUUAACGGGUGAUUACGUUGCUAUUAAAUGUCUUAAAAAGAGAGAUAUGAUUGCUAAGAAUCAAAUAUUAAAUGUGAAAUCUGAACGUGCUGUCAUGAUGAGACAAACUGAUUCACCUUAUGUUGCUCAAUUAUAUAGUAGUUUCCAAUCUAAGGAUUAUUUAUUCUUGGUGAUGGAAUAUUUACAUGGUGGUGAUGUAGCAGCUUUAUUGAAAGGGUUGAAAACUUUAGGUGAUUGGACUAAACGUUAUAUUGCGGAAAUCAUCGUUGGUGUGGAUGAUUUACAUAAACGUGGUAUAAUUCAUCGAGAUUUAAAACCAGAUAAUAUCUUGAUUGAUGGUAAUGGUCAUUUGAAAUUAACUGAUUUUGGAUUAUCAAGAAUCGGAGUGGUAGGAAGACAAAAUAGAGAUCAUCGGAAAAGUAGUACUUCCGAACAAGCUAUUGAAAUUUUUAGAAGAGGUAUAAAUCAAUAUAAUCAAUAUAAUCAAAGUCCAUUGGCCAGUGUUUCAAGUAUAAAUAAUCUUAAUAUGCCUGGUCAAAAUGCAAAUUCAAAUGCUCUUUCGAAUACAAACACUGCUAAUUCAAGUAUCGGAAUAGGUAUUGGGAUGGAUUCACCAUUAUUUGAAUUCCAUCAUAAACGAACAAGCUCAGUCACUCCUUUUUCAUUAUCUCCUAGUAUUGAACAUACUAAAUUGAAUAAUCCAUCACUCAGUGUUACAUCGCCCACUCUUUCAUAUUUAGAGUCGUUUUCAAAUCAAUAUCAACAGCAGCAGCAACAACAUCAACAACAACAACAACAACAACAACAACAACAACAGCAACAGCAACAACAGCAACAACAACAGCAACAACAGCAACAUCAGCUCCAACAUCUGCAACUGCUGCUGCUGCUGCCCAUGCCACCUCCAUCAACUCAUGCUCUGAGAGCUAGUUCAUAUUUCAAGCCAGGCAGAUCUGGUUCAGGCUCAAAUUCAAGUGGAUUAGAAUCACCAUUAUUAAAGCCUAUCUUACCUAGAACCUCAUCAGAAUCUUCAUUUGCUAUAUUUGAAGAUGAUAUCCAAAUAAGUCCAUAUCAAAAUGCUUUAAUAAAUAAUAGCAAUCUUAAUACUCCUAUCAUGCCUCCAACAACUGCAUCAUCUACAACUCCAUCAACAUCAACUGUGCCUGUUACCAACUAUGCAUUAUUCGAUCCUAAGAAUGAAAAUAAUACUGCUAUGAUCAAAUUCGUGGGUACUCCAGACUAUUUGGCUCCUGAAACUAUUGAAGGUGUGGGUCAAAGUGAAGCUAGUGAUUGGUGGUCUUUAGGUUGUAUUUUAUUUGAAUUUUGUUACGGCUAUCCUCCUUUCCAUGAUGAGACUCCUGAUAAAGUUUUUCAAAAUAUUUUGAAUUGUGUUAUUGAUUGGCCUGAUUUACCUCCUGAUGAAGAUGAUCAAUUUUGUCCUCCUGAUGCUAAAGAUUUAAUUCGAAAAUUAUUGACCUUGGAUCCUGAAGAAAGGUUAGGUUGGGGAGGUAUUAAUUGGGAUACGUUGUUUGAAGAAGAGGCGUCAUUCAUACCAAGUUUGGAAGAUCCAGAAUCAACAGAUCUCUUCGAUCCUAGAGGAGUUGAUAUUUCUCAUUUCCGUUUAGAAGGUGAAGAUGAUGAUGAUAAUGAUGACAGUGAUGAUGAUGGGAAAGAUAUUGAUAUGUCAAGAAGAGGAACUAGUGGAAGUGGUGGUGAUAACAAUGAUUCUCAUUCAUCCAAUUCAUUAUUAUUACCCCCAGGUUCAAGUCCUAAUCUAAGUGGUGGUAAUAAACGAGAAAGAAGAGGAAGUAGAUUAGCUGAUCCUUCAGAAUUCGGCUCUUUCCAUUUUAGAAAUUUGACGGUUUUGGAGAAACAGAAUAAAGAUGUUAUUAAUAGAUUGAAAAGUGAACAUUUAGAACAUCGGAAUAGUUUCUCAUCUUCAUCGUCAGAAUCCACACCUGCAGCUUCUAGAUCUAGGGGUUAUUCGUUUACUGGCGGUAGUCCGUUUAAGAGACCAGUAUCACCUAUUGGAAUUAGAUCUACAUCACCUACUAAAUAUAAUUCUGACACAAUCAGUUCAUCUUCUCCACAAUCAUUUAAAAAUGAAAGAUUAGAUUCUGCUGUUAGUAUCUAUUCUAGCGGAGAUGAAGAUCAUCAUCUUCAACAAUUUCAACAACAUCAACAACAGCAACAGCAACAAGAACCUCCAUCUCAAUCUCAAUCUCAAUCUCAAUCUCAACCACAACUGCAUACUUUACAGCACCGUCCAUCGUUAAGUGUCUUACAAAAAUUCAGAGAUUUUUCAUCAUCAAGUUCAGAUAAUGAGGAAUCUAAAACUUCGGCUCUACUUCGGGUACAACGCAGAAGGGAAAGUUCAAGAAGUUUUCUACCAGAUGGUGUCACUAACUAUUCAUCAACCUCGCUUCAAAAGGAACUUUAUGUUCUUUACUGUGAACCAAUACCUAUAGUCCGUCAUAGUGUAUGCAAACAUUUGGAAAAAUCAGGAUGCAUCGUUCUUUCUAUCCUGGAUGGUGAAGAGUUAAUCAGGAGAGCUACUAGUAAGGUCAAAUUUGAUUUAAUAUUUACUGCUUUAAAGUUACCAAAGGUGGAUGGUAUUGAUGCUGUCAAACUUAUUAAAUAUACAACCACAUCAAAUAGUAUCACUCCAAUAGUGGCACUUACUGGAUUUGCAAGUGAAGCUACUGAAUCUAUGGUGUUUGAUUAUAUCAUUGAGAAACCCAUUAAUUAUAAUGAUGUCGAAAGAUGUCUUUUAUAUUUUAAUGAUCAGGCUAUCUCUGAUACUGAGGAUUAG